CGCGGGCCCGCCGCAGCGCAGCCGCUCUGAGCCCCUCUUGAUGGAAGAGCACGGGGUGAGCCAGGCAGAGCACAUGGCCACCAUCGAGGCGCACGCCGUGGCGCAGCAGGUGCAGCAGGUGCACGUGGCCACCUACACGGAGCACGCCAUGCUGAGCGCCGACGAGGACUCGCCCUCCUCGCCCGAGGACACCUCCUACGACGACUCCGACAUCCUCAACUCCACGGCGGCCGACGAGGUCACCGCGCACCUGGCGGCUGCAGGCCCUGUGGGGAUGGCAGCAGCCGCAGCCGUGGCUACGGGCAAGAAAAGGAAGCGGCCGCACGUGUUCGAGUCCAACCCGUCCAUCCGCAAGAGGCAGCAGACACGGCUGCUCAGGAAGCUCAGGGCCACGCUGGAUGAGUACACCACCAGAGUGGGGCAGCAGGCCAUCGUGCUGUGCAUCUCACCCUCCAAACCCAACCCUGUCUUCAAAGUGUUUGGUGCUGCACCCUUGGAGAAUGUGGUGCGCAAGUACAAGAGCACCAUCCUGGAGGACCUGGAGUCGGCGCUGGCCGAGCACGCCCCGGCCCCUCAGGAGGUGAACUCGGAGCUGCCACCCCUCACCAUCGAUGGCAUCCCUGUCUCCGUGGACAAGAUGACCCAGGCACAGCUGAGAGCCUUCAUCCCUGAGAUGCUGAAGUAUUCCACAGGUCGUGGGAAGCCAGGCUGGGGCAAGGAGAGCUGCAAGCCCAUCUGGUGGCCCGAGGACAUCCCCUGGGCCAACGUCCGCAGCGACGUGCGCACGGAGGAGCAGAAGCAGAGGGUGUCCUGGACCCAGGCCCUGAGGACCAUUGUGAAGAACUGCUACAAGCAGCACGGGCGCGAGGACCUGCUGUACGCCUUCGAGGACCAGCAGACCCCGCAGACCACGACCACGCACAGCAUCGCCCACCUGGUGCCCUCCCAGACCGUGGUACAGACCUUCAGCAACCCUGAUGGCACCGUGUCCCUCAUCCAGGUUGGCACUGGUGCCACGGUGGCCACGCUGGCCGACGCCUCCGAGCUGCCCACCACGGUCACGGUGGCACAAGUGAAUUAUUCUGCAGUGGCUGAUGGAGAGGUGGAGCAGAACUGGGCGACGCUACAGGGCGGGGAGAUGACGAUCCAGACGACGCAGGCCUCGGAGGCCACGCAGGCGGUGGCCUCGCUGGCCGAGGCGGCGGUGGCAGCGUCACAGGAGAUGCAGCAGGGAGCCACUGUCACCAUGGCACUCAACAGGUACCUGGCCACAGCUGCCACAGCUAACACUGUGCAAUGCUGA